CAGCAUUUGGCUGAAUUGAAGUGUGUUAGUUUGACCCACUGCAGAGGUGGUCUCUUUCUCUUCUUCUUUUUCUUUUUGGAGGACACAGCUCUAUCCCUCCCUGCUCAGGAUGGAAGUUUUGAAGACUUGUGUACUUACAAGAAGCGCAUGUGCUGCUGCUCGCUUCUGGAGAAGCAGAGUUAUUCCAAAGCCGCCGUUUAGGGACAUUAGUACUACGCCUGCGAGGAGCACUGUCAUGCCCGCUUGGGUGAUAGAUCAAUAUGGAAAGAAUGAAGUCCUUCGAUUCACUCAGAGCGUGAUGUUACCUGUCAUACACUAUCCAAACGAAGUCAUUAUCAAAGUCCAUGCUGCCAGUUUAAAUCCUAUAGAUGUUAAUAUGAGAAGUGGUUACGGAGCAAGAGCCCUCAAUAUGAAGCGGGACCCUCUGCACAUGAGACUCAAAGGAGAGGAGUUUCCUCUGACUCUGGGUCGGGACGUCUCUGGUGUGGUGAUGGAAUGUGGGCUUGACGUCAAGUACUUCAAACCUGGAGACGAGGUCUGGGCUGCUGUUCCUCCUUGGAAACAAGGCACACUCUCAGAAUUUGUGGUGGUCAGUGGGAAUGAGAUCUCGCACAAGCCCAGAUCACUCACCCAUACCCAAGCUGCCUCGUUGCCGUAUGUGGCUCUCACAGCCUGGUCUGCCAUAAACAAGGUUGGUGGCCUGAACGACAGGAACUGCACGGGCAAGCGUGCUCUAAUCUUGGGUGCCUCAGGUGGAGUUGGUACUUUUGCGAUACAGGUGAUGAAGGCGUGGGGUGCCCAUGUGACAGCAGUUUGCUCUCAAGAUGCCAGUGAGCUUGUAAGGAAGCUUGGAGCUGAUGAAGUCAUUGAUUACACGUUGGGAAGUGUGGAAGAGCAGUUGAAAACUUUAAAACUGUUUGACUUUAUCCUUGAUAAUGUUGGUGGCUCUACUGAAACCUGGGCUCUGAACUUUCUCAAGAAGUGGUCAGGAGCCACCUAUGUGACUCUGGUGACACCUUUCCUCCUGAACAUGGACCGACUGGGCAUUGCUGAUGGCAUGUUGCAGACAGGAGUCACCGUGGGUACCAAAGCAUUGAAGCAUCUCUGGCAAGGAGUCCAUUACCGCUGGGCCUUCUUCAUGGCCAGCGGUCCAUGUCUAGAUGAAGUUGCAGAACUAGUGGACGCGGGAAAGAUCCGGCCAGUUAUUGAACGGACCUUCCCUUUCUCUGAAGUCCCAGAAGCCUUCCUGAAGGUGGAAAGAGGCCAUGCCCGAGGGAAGACUGUGGUUAAUGUCAUUUAAAUAAACAUGUGCACCAGCC